CCCAGGAUGCUUGCUGCCAAAGACAGUUGCGAGCACAGAACAGUCAUUCAACGAAACCAUCUCCAGUCUUCACAAAAUAAAAUGCGCCCUAACGCAGCGAUGUCUCUGGGUAUGCUGGCGGUGUACUCGCUGGUAUGCAUGUCCACUCUGAUGGACGCGUAUCCAUCCAAACCUGUCAUUCCCGCAGAAGAUGCACCUGUCGAGGACUUCGCCAAGUACUUCUCUGCACUCAGACACUACAUCAACCAAAUCACUCGACAGCGGUAUGGGAAAAGAUCCAGCCCUGAUACAGUGUUCUCUGACCUGCUACAGAGGGAGAGCACAGAGAGCGUCCCACUAGCAAGCUAUGGAAGAUAUGAAGACCUACCGUUGUGGUGGUGAAGCCAGUGUAUUACGGACUUCCAUACCAGUCCCUUUCAACAAACCCACUGCCUGUUUGUCACAACAACACCACACUGCCUGUUGGUCACCGACUCGACCUGGACUUUAAUAGAUAUCUGCAGCCUGCAUGCAACCACCUCUCUCUCUGUCUGUCUGUCAUAGUAGAAGUGUCCUGUACAUAUGUUACUUUCUUCUUUUGUGCAUCACACUGUGUACUGUAAACCAAAAUAAACAUCUACUGGUUGGAUUAAAUACAUCAUAUAAAGUACCUUGGAUCA